AUGCUCUCUAGCCUCUCUACUGUGGUUUCUGCAAAGAAGCCCAAAGUUAUCAUUUAUGGUGGAGCUGGUUUCAUCGGCAGCAGGCUGGCUCUGCACCUACAUCACAAAGGGUGCCAUGUUACCGCAGUAGACCACGAUAACUCCCAAGUGCUAGUAGCUCUGAAAGUAGCCGGUAUACCUGUUAUUAAGUUUUCUAGCAAGGAAGAGUGCGAUUUCGAGAAGGACGUAGCGGACAAGGACGUGAUUAUCAUGAUGGCUGGUAUGCCUUCGGUACGCUCGUGCUCCAGUGUUUGGGGGACUAUGGCCAACACUGUUGGUAACCUAUCACGAUUCCUGGCUUGUAAGCGACCGAAGGGCCAGGUCUUGAUCUACGCCAGCAGCUCUAGCGUGUAUGGUGACACCAGUGAUGAAGUGGUUGAUGAGGAAUACUGCAAAUACAAAGGGCACAACUAUUAUGAUAUUUCCAAGAAGUGUAUGGACCUCAUUGCUGAGCACUAUAUUAGGGAGAGUGGUGGCACUGAGAAAAUCUAUGGUCUGCGCUUCGGUACAGUAUGUGGAUGGUCAUUGAACCUUCGUAGUGAUGUUAUGGUGAAUGCUAUGGCGUACUCAGCUCUCACUCGGAAGAAAGUUGGCAUUUUUGUUGAGCAUGUACAUCGGCCGGUUUUGGCACUUGAAGACCUCUGUAGAGCAGUAGAGGCGCUCAUGACCUAUAGACCGGACGGUGGGGUAUACAACCUGGCCAGCGUCCAACAUACGGUCUAUGAAUUCGGUAAGGAGGUUUCGGACUUCUUCAAUGUCCCCCUUGUGCGUGAGCAGCUGGUCCCUGGCACACGUGGCAAUGAGAAAUUCACUAAGACGACUUACGACUUCUGCGUUUCGACUGACAAGUUCCUCAAAGCGAUCCCAUCGUUUAAGUUCGUCGCUACUGCUGCGAGUAUCUGCCAGGAGAUCAGAGACAACUGGGAUGACAUCAUCCUCGCUGGACCUCGCCUUGCAGAUCGAUAUACUGAGAUCAGAACUGCUAAGGCGUUAGAGUGUACCGAGGUCAAGAAGUGCCGCUGUUGUGGUAGGAAUGAUCUUAGAUUGGUUCUCGACUUGGGUAGUCAGCCGCCUGCUAACAGUUUCCAUCCUGCUACUUCACGGGAGCUUAAAUCGUACCCUCUUCAAGUGAAGGUUUGCGAGCACUGCUGGCAUCUCCAGUUGGCUCAUGUAGUCAACCCGGACGUCCUCUUUCGUGACUAUGUCUACGUGUCGGGUACAUCCACCACUUUGGCCAAGUACUCGCAAUGGUUCGCUGAUAUGGUCGCGAAGGAUGUCGGAAAGUCUAAUGGUGUUGUUCUCGACGUUGGUUGUAAUGACGGAACUUUACUGGACUACUUCAACCAAAUCGGAUGGAAGACCGUCGGCGUUGAUCCAGCUGUGAAUCUGAUGAGUGAAGUGACUAUCAAGAAAGGUCAUCGUGCUAUUUGUGAUUAUUGGUCGCCUCAAGUUGCUAGACAGAUUGGCUUGGUCGAUGCUGUCACGGCGCAGAAUGUCUUCGCUCACGUUGCCCAGCCAGUUGAGUUCUUGGAAGCCUGUGCGGAGGCUAUGAACGACGAGUCGAGGCUCUAUAUACAGACUAGUCAGGCCGAUAUUGUUGCUAAUGGAGAAUUCGAUACGAUCUACCAUGAGCAUCAGUCCUUCUUCUCUUCAAAAUCGAUGAUUGUCUUAGCGGAGCGAUGCGGCUUUACUGUUGUACGCGUGACUAAACCCAGUAUACACGGUACAUCGUAUAUCUUCUGUCUGAGGAAGGGCGUACGAUUGGAACUGGUCGAAGACACGGUAAGGAGUGAGCUCGCGAAGGAAGAGGCCAGGGGUAUCUACAGUAUCGGUACCUACAAGCACUUCGCCGACUUGGCGAGAACUCGAACGGCAAGUUUCCUCCGACGUCUCCGUGAGUGGUGGAUGGAAGGCCGUAAGGUCGUUGCUUACGGUGCAGCGGCUAAGGCCGUUGUUCUCCUCAACUUUGCUGGUGUUACUAAUGAGUUGGCAUAUGUUGUUGAUGAUAACCCGAGGAAGACCGGUCUACAAGUCCCUGGCAUCAACGGCCUUAUGGUCUAUGAUCCGAAGGCCGCCCUUCAGAGCGAGAAGUCUGAUCUCACUGUGGUGGUAUUGGCUUGGAACUUCCUCGAUGAGAUCAAGGGGAGAGUGAAGGCUCUCAGACCUGAUGCUCAUGAUGAAUUCCAUUCUAUUCUGGACAUGGCCAAAUCCUCGCAGGGCACAAUCGUUAGCAAACUCUGAUUGUUGCUCUUGUCUAGUUCACUACGGGGGCAUUCAUCCAGUAUUCACCCAUCACUGUCACUGUACCUGCUGUGCUUUACCUGCUCAUCGUGCUCUAGAC